AUAAAUUUUUAUCAGUAAAACGUAAACAAAUCCUGCGCAAUUUUCCACAUUCCGUAAUUUUACGCAAUUUUCACGCUUCUCAUGCACUUAAUUUUCGUUAUUUUUCUGUUAAAACAUGCGCUAGUUAUACUUUGCUCCACAGUGUGAUAAAGUGAAACCAAAAAUGACAAAACACCCGGCGGCUAUGAAGUUGAUUCGUCUUACCAACCUCUACAACGUUACUGCGAAGCAGAUUUACGCUUAUGUUCGCAGCCUGCACAGCCACAUCCGGAAGCAGAACGCGAAGAUUCGUCGUCUGCGGGGGAAGGUCGUUCAGUUGAGGAAGCUCCGGAAGCAACAGAAAAAGAGUUCAGUUGAGGAGGUCGUGGAAGACGAGGAUGGCGAGGAAGACGAUGUGACGAAAGCGCUGGAACUAGCCGAAGAACAGCAAGCGCAUGCUUCCGCGGCCAAUGAGCCGUUGGAUGUGAAGGCUUUCGUCGAUGACAUAAAAAAGACUGCCGAAGAAUUUAAUUACCAGAAUCGGUAUAUUUACGAGCCAACGAGUGGGCUGUACUAUGAUCCGGAAACCGGAUACUACUACAACGCUAUUUACGGACUCCAUUACGAUGGCGAUAAAGGCUGCUACAUGAAGUACAAUGAGCAAACGGGAAAAUAUGAUUUCUACUCUCAAGUUAUUCCGGAGGAGACACUUGAGAAGGAAAAGCCCAAAACGUACCAAAAGAAACGGAAGCGCGAUCAGCAGCCGGAGGAUCGAUUGUCGCUGGAACGAGAUCGUCAUCGUCGUCGUCGCAGUGCAAGUUCGGAUCGCGAGCGAGAUUCUAGACGGCGUCGGCGACAUCGUCGAAGCCGAUCGGAGUCCAGUCCUUCCUCGUCCUGCAGCUCCACAGAUGAUGGGAAGAAAAGCAAGCGACGCCGGAAGAAAAAGGACAAGAAAGAGAAGAAGAAAAGCAGGAAAGAAAAACGAAGCAAAACCAAGGGGGUAUUUGAGCAUUCCGACGAGAAUAAGGAAGAGGGGGAACUGGAUAGCAGUAGCGGCGGGGAAAGCGAUAGAAGCGUGAAAAAGGUUAUCCUGAUCGAUUCCAGCGCUUCCGAGAGGGAAAACACGGGAAUAGAGGUUGACCUGGAAAAAUAUGCUGGGAAACAUUCAGAUAUCUCAAGAAAAUACCCACCUUCGUUGAGGCUAAUAGUACAGGAGAGCAGUGUGGCAUCGCUGAAAGUUGGUUCCCUGUUCAUAAUAACCUGCAAGGGCGGUUCGCUGGGCCGAGAAGGCGACCACGAUGUUAUCAUUCCGGAUAUUAAUGUUUCGAAGUAUCACCUCAAGUUCAACUACAACACCCGUACGAGUUCGUACCAGCUGCUGGAUCUUGGUUCCCGCAAUGGCACCUUCCUGAAUGGGACCCGCAUGGCACCGACCAUGCAGGAAAGUGACCUCUUCGACAUCGUCCAUGGCGAUGUUAUCGAUCUGACGAAGACCAAAUUGCUGUGCCACAUUCACGAUGGAAACCAUACCUGUCGCAACUGUGAACCGGGCCUGUUGAUGUCCAAAAAGGGCCAGGAUUCGGACGAUGAACGCAUCACCAAGCCAGUCAGCUACCAGGAGGGCAAAAAGUUGCUACAACGUCGCUACGGCUUGGAGGAGGAAAAAUACGCGGAAAACGCCGAUAAAUCUCAACCAGAGUACAACGACCGAGCAGCCCACCGCAGGAAGAUCAAAGGAAGCUCAAACGAGCAUGCCAAGACGGAGGUGGCUUCGCUAAACGAACAGAUUAGCAGUAAGAACAAAGGCUUCAAGAUGCUAUCGAAGCUCGGUUGGAGCGAAGGUACUUCACUCGGUGUCAGGGAACACGGAAUAUCGGAACCGAUACGCCUUACAACCAACAUCGGUACCAGUGGGCUUGGUAGCCAAGCCCUGGCCGAUCCUACAGCUUUGCCCGACGAAGCAAAGAUGAACGUUUGGCGGAUGACCCAGGCACGCUACAAGGCGUGUCCUGAGAUCGAAGAAGAUGGUGUGAGACCACCGGGCGCUUCGCUGGAACGGCAGAUAAACAGCGAGAACAAGGGUUUUCAAAUGCUGUCCAAGCUGGGAUGGGUCAGUGGGGAAACGCUGGGUAAAGAGGGAGGUGAUGGGUUAAAGGAACCCAUCAAAAUGUUGACCAACGUGGGAACUAGUGGGCUUGGCAGCAAAGCCUUGGUUAAACCCGGGGGAAAUACUGCCGCAACUGCUAAAAACAAGACCAUUUGGAAGAAAAAACAAAAGAAAUGCCGUGCUAUCAAUAUGUUCGAGGCUUCGGAUUCUGAGUAGAAAUAUUGUACUUUAAUUUAUUUCACCUUGGGCUGUUUUGAAGGAAUAGUUCCGUCGUAAAUAUAUGUUAAAAGAAAACUCGA